ACUCACUCACUCUCUCCUCCUAUUUCUGUUGAAUGAGUCAUAUAUUUCAGACAAGGGUGUUUGCUUUAUUUAUGUUGGCAGUUCUUAACAGUGCAACCUGCACUGUGUUGUAAGCGAGCAGAAGAGAAGGAACACAGCAACACAAGCCCGAACUCACCUGUAUUCACCUGAAAGCUACUACACAAAGAUCAGAAUGGCAAACAAAGGUCCCAGCUAUGGUCUGAGCCGCGAGGUACAGAGUAAGAUUGAUAAGAAAUACGACCCGGAACUGGAGGAAAGGCUGGUGGAGUGGAUCAUUGCCCAGUGUGGCUCUGGAGUUGGCCGGCCUGAGUUAGGCAAGACCGGAUUCCAAAACUGGCUCAAGGAUGGAUGUGUGCUGUGUGAGCUCAUCAACAGCCUGUAUGGAUCCAACAAGCCGAUCAAGACCAUCAAGACCUCUGGCAUGGCCUUUAAACAGAUGGAACUAAUAUCCAUGUUCCUCAGGGCUGCGGAAAACUAUGGAGUCACCAAAACUGAUAUGUUUCAGACUGUAGACCUCUUUGAAAGCAAGGACCUGGCGGCUGUCCAGAGGACCCUGAUGGCUCUGGGUAGUUUGGCUGUCACAAAGGAUGAUGGGUGUUACAAAGGAGACCCCAGUUGGUUCCAUAAGAAGUCCCAAGAGAACAGAAGAGAUUUCUCAGAGGAACAGUUGACCGAAGGCAAAAAUGUCAUUGGCCUGCAAAUGGGCACAAAUAAAGGAGCAUCUCAAGCUGGAAUGACAGGCUAUGGACGACCCAGGCAGAUCAUCAACAACCCCUGAAUCCAAGCAGUGCUUAAAACCUCCUCCGAGACACUCCUUCUUCUGCCCUCUGAAAGGCCAGCGAGGACGGAGAAACUCUGACUCUUACCGUAGCCAUGAGGAGAAAUGUAACCUGACUGUUUUCAAGGCUAAACUGGACCAAAACAGGGACCAACGAGAACAUGUGCACAUAUACAACACACACUUCAUGUUGAUCACACAUACAUGAAUAAAUACUAGUUAACAAUUAGACAGAACAUUUUACAUUGCAACUUAUAAAUUAUAUAUUUUCUUAAACGAUCAUUCCAGUUGUUUUGCAUGUUUUAACACCUACAACUGUGCUUUACAUUACUGCUCAUCAAAAUAUUUUAGAUUUCUUACCUUCCAGACACCCAGAGGUUUGAGUUCUUGUCAGUUCACUGUAAGAAUCAACUUGCAGAGACUUAUAACUUGCUUGAGAGAUGUAAUCCAUCACAUUUAAUACUUGGUUUGCUUUAUUUCUUUAUUUUAACAGAUACAUUAUUGAUGCAUGCGGCCAGGAACUCUUUUCAAAACUCUACCUGCUAGUGCAUUCAAGGACUCUGAUGUCUGAGACGUGAGAAUGUUUAAUGGAUUAAAAAAAAGUAAUCCAUUAUUUAUUUUUCAGUGUCCUUGUUUUCUAUUUGUAUAUCUGCCACUGUUGUUCUUCUGACAACUCUUGGAUGUCAGGGUAUACUUGAAUGCUUCCCUGCUCACAACUAAUAACAAUUUAAUUGAUGUUAAAUUCGAUAGAUGACCUAUCUCAAGCUAGUUUCAAGGCUCAUUUAUUGUGUACUGGAUUGAAUAAGAAGUGUGUGGAGUGCUGUGGUUUACAACAAUGUUAAGCACAAAAUUUGAAGUAAAUAGGUUACAAUAAACAAACACCAGUGUUGUCAAGUAUAAGUUUAGGAAGUGAACUGCCUGGUUUGAAAAAGUGUUAAGAAAAACAUAGUACAAGUACAGUCGUGUGUUUUACCUGAUACACAAUCUGCAGUUAGAUGCUUUCAGUUAACUAAUUUCCAAUCAAUAUAUUGGACCUUCUUUUUAGAGUUUAAUACAUCCUUUCUAAUGAUGAUGAUUUUGAAAUAAAGUUCAAUUUACCUGUAAAGAA